GUUUUAUAAAAGAGAGAUUUUACAACAGAAAUUUUAAGAUUGUAAUGUACAUUGACUGUUUAGUCGGCGAAAAAUCUUUUGUCAUCAGUCAUAUUCCAUUAUAGACUACGAAAUUUUAGGUAACGAUAUUGAUAAAGAAAUCAAAAGAAAUUUAACAAAUAACGAUGGAGGACUUAAUGCCACAUCUAGCUAAAAUCAAAGCUCCCUUUGGUCAGGAGAAGGUUUACAAGGAAGAAUGUGCUUUUUCAUUUGAUAAUCCAGAGACAGAAACAGGCCUGUAUGUGUGCAUGUCAACCUUUCUUGGCCUUGGAAAGAAGUAUGUGGAAUGGUUUUACAAUAAGACAGGCAAUGCAGUUUUCUUACACAUCAGAAGAAUACGUAAAGAAAUUGAAAAGACCAGUGAAUCACCUCCAGAGAAAAAGCCUACAAAAUUAGCUAUAGGAGUUGAAGGAGGUUUUAAUCCAGAUGAAAAACAGUUUGAAUUUGAAGAAACCAUAUCCAUUGUAAUACUGCCUAAAUGGAAGGUGAUUCCCUAUCCAAGCCCAGAGUUGCCUGACAUCGCUAAGAUUUCAGCAGAGGCCAUAAUGGGAGCAGAGGACCCACUAAAGGCAGCAGAAGCAGCAGCCAUGGCAAACACAUGGGAGGGAGAGGAGAGAAAAGUUUCCAAGUAUGCUGACAAUUUGAAGCAGUUAGACAAUGGGAGAAAGAUCCCUCCCACGGGCUGGAAGUGUGAGAUGUGUGAUCUGACCGCUAACCUUUGGUUGAACCUCACAGAUGGCAGCAUUUUAUGCGGGAGACGGUUCUUUGAUGGGAGUGGUGGAAAUAAUCAUGCCGUGGAAUACUAUAAGAAAACAGGCUACCCUCUGGCUGUCAAACUCGGAACAAUAACCCCAGAGGGAGCUGAUGUUUACUCUUAUGAUGAAGACGAUAUGGUUUUGGAUCCACAUCUGGAUAAACAUUUAGCUCAUUUUGGAAUCAAUAUAAGAGCACUAGAGAAGACAGAGAAAACUAUGAUGGAGUUGGAAAUAGACAUAAACCAGAAGGUGGGCGAGUGGGACGUGAUACAGGAAGCUGGCAGCAAGUUGUGUCCCCUGUACGGCCCCGGUUACACAGGAAUGAGGAACCUGGGCAACAGCUGUUACCUCAACUCCACCAUGCAGGUCCUCUUCUCCAUCCCAGACUUCGAGAAGAGAUACACAACUUCAUCCUUUGAGAGCAUUCCAAAUGAUCCUACAUCAGACUUUACUCUACAAAUGACAAAACUAGGCAAUGGACUGUUAUCAGGAGAUUACUCUAAAUCACCUGUAGAAGGUGUAGAUGAAAGAUUACAGCCUCCCUCAGGCAUCCGUCCACAAAUGUUUAAGACUUUGGUAGGCAAGGGUCAUCCUGAGUUUUCUACAAAGAGACAGCAAGAUGCCCAAGAGUUCUUCCUUCACAUUAUCAACAUUUUAGAGAAAAAUACUAGAGGCACUGUGAACCCAGCUGACUGUUUCAAAUUCCAAGUGGAGGAUCGUGUGCAGUGUACACAGAGUAACAAAGUCAAAUACACGAGUCGCUCAGAAUACUGCCUGUCUCUCCCCAUCCCAAUGGAGGCAACCACAAACAAAGAUGAAGUAGCAAUGUUUGAAGCAAAGAAAUUAGAAGCUCAGGGAAAGAUCUUAGACCCAAAAGAAAUUGUUAGGCCGAAAAUUCCAAUGUCUGCAUGUAUUGAAAGCUUUGCAGAGUUUGAAACAGUAGAAGACUUUUACAGCAGUGCAAUAAAGGGCAAAACAUUGGCUAAAAAAUCUACAAGACUAUCUACCUUUCCGGAUUAUUUAAUGGUACACUUAAAGAAAUUUACUAUUGGUGAUGACUGGGUACCCAAAAAGUUAGAUAUUUCUGUUGAUGUCCCAGACAACCUUGACCUUUCUUCCAUUCGAGGUCGAGGCCUUCAGUCAGGAGAAGAAGAGCUUCCACAGGAAGCAGAGGCUCCACAAGAGGUACAGUUAGAUGAAAGUGUGGUCUUUCAACUGGUAGAAAUGGGGUUCCCCAUGGAAGCUUGUAAAAAAGCUGUGUUCAACACCAACAACAGUGGGCUGGAGUCGGCCAUGAACUGGGUCAUGGAACAUAUGGAGGAUCCAGAUUUCAACUCUCCAUUUGUUCCUCCUGGAAGUAAACCAAAGUCAGGAAGCUUUGUUCCGAGUGAGGAAGGAGUUGCCAUGGUGAUGGCUAUGGGAUUUAGUCGAGACCAAGCAGUCAAGGCUUUAAAGAACACAGAUAAUAAUGUAGAGAGAGCUGUGGACUGGAUAUUUAGUCACACAGAUGAAAUGGACACGCCCAUGGAGACGGAGGCCGGGGGAGACACGGUGCCUAACACCACAUACAGGGACGGGGAGGGAAAGUACAAAUUGGUAGCUUUUAUUAGUCACAUGGGUACCUCAACAAUGGUAGGACACUAUGUCUGCCAUAUUAAGAAGGAAGGACGCUGGGUCAUCUACAAUGACGAGAAAGUUGCGUUGUCCGAACAUCCUCCUCGGGAUCUGGCCUAUCUUUAUCUGUAUCAGCGACUGUGAUGUAGAGAAUAGGGAGCUUCUGACUUUGUUGUCUUUUUGUGAUAAUUUCAGACAAUUUAUGUUAUUUUCACAGAUCUAUUGCAAACUUACCCAGUGAUACAUAGAGCAACAUUGGCGAAAGUGGUGCAACGUUUUGUUUUCUGUUUAAGACAAUAAAUGACUGAAAGUCAAUAGAAUGUUUUUUUUUAUAUAAGCAAAUUGUAUUAUAAAAAUUAAAGAUCAGUUGAUUUAUA